GCUUUACGUGAAAUCAAUAUGGAUGAAAGUGUCUUCGGUAUUGAAUUCAAGUCACAUAUUGCAAUUGAUGACUUGGAAGAGAUUUUUACGCAUGAACAACUAGGCGUCGGUAAUAUGCACUCAUACAUCCGGUUGUUGUAUGACAGAGUGUUGCGCGGGACUGUAUUGUCUAACAGAUUCUGUUUCGUGUCUUCCGCCCAUUGCAGCGGAAUGGCAAUUGCUUCGGAACCGGAAUCAGUUAGACAGCUCUUAGUCGAUAGAUUCAUGUCCACCGGCAAUUCAGAAAGUCUGCAUCUUUGGGCGUAUAAUACCCGACCAGUAGGAGCACACUGGUUGUUGCUUGCUAUCAACCCUAUAAGAGAAGUCGUGUAUUAUCUGAAUUCGGUAAAUGGUGACUGGACCAAUUAUCCGGCUAUGAAGGAAAUCGUUGAUUUAUCAAUACAAGUGUUCCGAAGUCAACAGGACGCACAGGUAUCCCGGACUAAAUCAAACAAUAUUACUUGGAUCAAAGUGCAGUGUCCGCAACAGCGAAACAGUUCAGAUUGCGGAUACUUUGUUUUGAGGUUUAUGAAAGAAAUCCUUCAGGCGAAUCAAUUAGAGAUUCCGCUCACGUACCUUGACGAAUUCCGUGCUGCUGGGAACCCGAGACUUAAGUUGGAAGAAAUCAAAGAGGAUUUGUGUCACUUUUAUAUUAAGCAAUUUUUCAUGUAGGAUUUGUGUCGAUUUGAACUAUAAUAUUAUUGAUGUUGUAAUGAUGUAUAUAUAUAAUUUUGGAUAUUAUA